UCGGCUAAACUUAUUUCAAAACAAAUCAUCACCUCCAGUCACUCACUCGGUCACUGUCACCACCAACAAUAGGAAUCGAACGCCAAUUGGCUAUCGCAACGGAAAAUCGCUUUUAGCCUUAAAUUGUGAACCAAAUUAAAUUGGCAAAACGGAUUUUUAUUUUAUUUAAAAUAUACAGCCUGGAUAUUUGCACUGCCAAUAUUUGAAUUUUUUUAAUUUUUUUGUGACGUGAGUGUGAAAGAUAGUCUAAGCCCACGAACGAUACGAAGUUUUGAAAAAUGUUUAAAUUUAAACAAUUACAGAUUGCUGUUGUUGUUGCUAUGGCUGUAAUCAGCCAGAGCCCACAAAUCCUAGCACGACCGGGAGAUAUACAGGGAGCUGCAGAAACGGUGGAUGUACCGCCCGAACAUCGUGCUGCCCCGCCACAACCUGCCCAACCCCGGCCACCUGCCCAGUUUCCCGUACAGCCUUCUUUCUACCCCGGUGCUGCGUUUCCACGUGCUGCAGGACCAGUGGGUGCCCCAGGUCCUCUAUUCCCUCCUCUCUUCUUUCAGACACAAAACGCUUUUGUACCCUUCGCCAGCACUUACAGUGGGUAUCGCGUGAAUCAUGCAGUUGCUGCUCAACAACCGCAAGACCCCCAGCCCAUGGUCUUCUAGGGAUUGCAAGCUCAUCUUGCUGCAAGGUGUGAUGGCAAGUCAUAAAAUGUGCCUGGACAAGGUUAAAUUGCCUUAAAUAUAACUUUCGAUUGUUUGGUUGCUCCCUCUAUUUGCUAAUGGUUAAGUGAAUGUGUUGUGCAUACUUUGUAUAUUAUUUAUAUAAAUUGUUUGUUUAAAUGAUUUUUUAAUAAAUCGAUAUUGUUUGCCUUA